GACAUUGUGUAGUAUCAGUAUUUUUUGAGUGGUAUUUUUAUAAAAGCUAGUUUAUUUGUUUAGUAAAGUUUUUGUUUACCAAAAAUGCUAGAAUUAAUAUUAAAUAUACCAUUUUAUAUACUACCUUUUGAUAUAAGAAUUCGAGCUCCAUCAUGGCUGAGAUUACCUUCACCUAUGGCUACUUUUUCGAUGAUAUUAUUUUCAUAUUUUCUUGUCACUGGAGGUAUAAUUUACGAUGUCAUUGUUGAACCUCCUAGUGUGGGUUCUACAAUGGAUGAACAUGGUCAUAGCCGUCCAGUAGCAUUCAUGCCAUAUCGAGUUAAUGGGCAGUAUAUAAUGGAGGGUUUAGCUAGUAGCUUUUUAUUUACAGUUGGUGGUUUGGGAUUCAUUAUAAUGGACAAUAGUAAUGGACCGGGGAAAACGAACUUAAACAGAAUUUUGUUAACAUCUAUGGGUUUCCUAUUUAUAUUAGUUUCAUUUUUCACUACAUGGAUUUUUAUGAGAAUGAAAUUGCCGGGAUAUUUACAGCCAUAAGUUUUCUAACUCAUAAGCAAAGGAAACAAAAGUUUUUGUAAGAUUUUAAUGCUUUAUAAUUUAUUUAAAUAAAUUCAAAAUAAUACUUGUAAAAGAAAAUUUGUCUAAAAAAAUAAAUAAAAAUAAGAACA